AUGGCGCAGGCGGAGGCGGACGUACCCGCAGCCUCGCUCUUCGGUGCGGACCGCCGCCUCUGCUCAGCCGACGUGCUCUCGCCGCCCGAGGUUCGGGCAAGGAUCGAGGUGGCGGUGCUCAAUUUCCUCGCCGCGCUCUCGUCUCCCUCUUCUCCGGCCAUCUCUGUCCUCCCCCUGAUCUCACGCAAGUCCACCAAUUGCAGCCUGCGCAGCGGCUUGCUGAGCGAUGUUUCAUCGGUUUAUCUGUCCUACGCCUUCUGCAAGAGGUCACUAAUGAGAGAAAAUGAUGCCAAGGCAUUCGUCAGAGUAUGGAAAGUCAUGGAGAUGUGCUACAAGAUCUUGGGAGACGGGAAGCUUGUCACCCAGCGGGAGUUGUUCUACAAACUACUAUCGGACUCACCCAAGUACUUCAGCUGUCAGCGCCAUGUCAAUCAAACCAUCCAAGAUGUUGUUUCAUUGCUCCGUUGCACAAGGCAGAGUUUAGGAAUCAUGGCAUCAAGUAGAGGGGCUCUGAUUGGACGACUUAUGUUGCAUGAAGCGGAGGAAGAACACAUUGAUUGUUCCAUUCUUGGACCUUCUGGGCAUGCCAUUACUGGGGAUCUGAACCAAUUGAGCAGAUUAAAUUUGUCUUCAGAUGCCCGUUAUCUCAUUCUAGUGGAGAAGGAUGCCAUAUUUCAGAGGCUGGCUGAAGACCGCUUAUAUAACCAGCUUCCAUGUAUCCUCAUCACUGCAAAAGGAUAUCCUGAUAUCGCCACAAGGUUUAUCUUGCAUCGACUGAGCCAGACUUUUCCAAAUAUGCCAAUAUUUGCAUUAGUGGACUGGAACCCUGCAGGGCUCUCUAUACUGUGUACUUACAAAUAUGGAAGCAUAUCAAUGGGCUUGGAAUCAUACAGAUACGCUUGCAAUGUAAAAUGGCUUGGACUAAGAGGAGAUGAUCUGCAACUUAUCUCUCAGAGUGCAUUCCAAGAGUUGAAACCUCGUGAUUUGCAGAUCGCCAAAAGCUUGCUGUCAUCUAAGUUUCUGCAGGACAUGCACAGGGCGGAGUUGACUCGGAUGGUCGAGACGGGAACGCGCGCUGAGAUCGAAGCUCUCUACUGCCAUGGAUUUGAUUUCCUGGGGAAGUUCAUCGCCAGGAAGAUUGUGCAGGGUGACUACAUUUGA